CCCUGGGGGGGCUUCAGGAGGGUCUGGGCUGUCGGCCAGGCCCAGACGUUCCCCAGACUGCAGAGGGAAGCGGGGAGUCAGCGUUGUUACCCUUUCCUUCCUGCUUGGUCUCCAGCCCAGAGUUUCCUCAGGCCCCAGCCUCUCCACCCUAUCCACCCUUAACCCUUUCCUCCAAGGGAAGGGUGGCUGAGGUCCCACUUCUCUGGGAAAGGCUGGGAGGCCUUUCAGGGAAAGAGUCCCGUUCCAAAUCUCAAAAGAGGGUCUCUGAAACCAACUCUUUCCCCUUUCCCCUUCCUUCCACUAAGGAAAGGGAAACGUGGAAGGAAACUAACUUUGACCCCUGGAUUCUGGCUCGGGGCCCACAGUUCUGGUGGAAGGCAGAGGGUUCCAGGACUCUCCUCUCCCCUCCUUCCCGCCCCGACUCUCCCUCCCUCCCUGCCUCCGCGCCCCAUUUACGCGACCCUGCUGACGGAGUUUACCCGGGAGGGACAGGCUGAGCGCUGGAGGUGGGGGGCGGAGGGAAGGGCCGCGGGAGCCCAGCCGGUCCCACCCCCAGCCUCAACCCCGGGCAGGAAGAGCUUGGUCGCGGGAGCCGCCGCUGAAAGGGACGGAGCUCGGGAGGGAGGGUGCCCGGACCGCGGGGGGCAGGCGGGGCAGCCAUGCUCUUGUCCGGGGGUGAACCCCCGGCGCUGGAAUGGUUCAUGGUGCAGACAAAAUCGAAGCCUCGGGUGCAGCGGCAGCGGCUACAAGUGCAACGCAUCUUCAGGGUCAAGCUGAACGCCUUCCAGAGCCGUCCCGACACCCCCUACUUCUGGCUGCAGCUCGAGGGGCCCCGGGAGAACACGAGCAAAGCUAAGGAGUAUCUGAAGGGCCUGUGCAGCCCAGAGCUGUGGAAGGAGGUCCGCUACCCGCCGAUGCUGCACUGUGCCUUCCUUGGCGCCCAGGGCCUCUUUUUGGAUUGCCUCUGCUGGAGUACCCUGGCCUAUCUGGUGCCUGGCCCUCCUGGCUCCCUGAUGGUAGGCGGGCUCACCGAGUCUUUCACCAUGACCCAGAACUGGCUGGAGGAGUUGGUGGCACGCCUGCGCUGGGGCCCUGCCCCUCUGCUGACCCCCCGGGGGAUCUGGGAGGCUGAGGUGACCCGGGCCUUUGGGGCCCUGGUGUGGAUCCGUGGUGACCAGUAUGCAGGGGAUCUGCUGCAGCUGCCCCCAGCUGUUCAGGAGCUGCUGCUGAGCUUGGUGCGCGAUGCGGCAGGCAAGGAGGACAUCAUUGAGUGGCUCAGCCACUUCGGCAUCUCCAACACCUGCUCACCAGUGGCCCUGAGAAGCCCUCCCCAGCAGCAAAAGGAAGACUCAGCCAUGGUGUCCACGGGAGAGAGUCCUGGGUCCUUCCUUGAGAUGGGGACCCUCCAGAAUGGGGGCCCAGAAAAUCCAAAGAGAUUAAGCAGCCUGGGAGCCACCAGGUCCCUGAUCCCAGCCCAGAGCACACAGCAGGAGACAGCAAACCAGGUGGUUCGGGUCGGUUCCAACAAUCAAAGUGGUACGGACAGUGAUCGAGAGGAAGGGCUGGUACGAGCAACCAGCAGCCAGGACUCUGUGAACCACACACCAGCCUUGCUGCAACAAAAGCAGGUCCAGAAGGUAGAAGAGAAAUUCCCCUUCCAGCCUCCGGUGUCAGCCCUGGGUGUGUAUCCAUCCUGGAAGGCCUGGGCCCCAGGGCCAGCCUUUGGGCCCUUGUGGCCAGGGACUAUUGCUGCAGCCUUCUGGAGGAUCAAUCAACUGCAUUCUCUGCACCUGGCCUGGCUCCUGUCCCAGGCAUGCUUUAGUCUCCCAUUCUGGCAGAGGCCGCUGGGCCCCAUUCAGCUAAAGCUGCCAGGGCAGAGUGCUUUGCCCUUAAAUCUAGAGUGGAAGCAGAAGGAGCUGGCUCCUUUGCCUAGUGCAGAAAGCCCAGCUUGUAGGCCAGAUGGGGAACUGGUCUACAAAUCUACAGAGACAACUCUACAGAAUUGCCCAAGGCCAGAGACACCCCCAAAAGUCAUGAGUUUAUUGGUGGUCCCAGGAGGCUCAGGUGAAAAGGACAAAGUUAGCCCAAGACUUCCACUUUUGGCCUCUACCACACAACUACAAGCUGGAGGUGAGCGCAGGAACCAAGGAAGUCUGCAGCCAGAUUGUAUGUGGCUGGAAAAGGGGCCCUAUCCAGCAUCACCCACAGAACAGGGGGUGCUCACAGCUCAAGGAAGGCCCAUGGCUCAAGGUGGGCUGACAGCCCAGUCAGCACCUGAAGCUGGAACAGUGCCUGAAACUCUCAAAGUGCCCGUGGCUGCAGUAGUGCCCAAAGCUGAAAACCCACCCCUAACUCAAGGGCAGCCUGCAGCUCCCAAAGUGCCUACAUCCCAAAUGAUGCCGGCAGUGAGCACAGAGCCUGCAGCUCCCAAAGUGCCUUUGGCUCCAACAAUGCCUACUGCUCAAGUGGUGUCCACAGCUCAAAAAGCUGCUGUGGAUCAACCAGCAUUGGCAUCAGCAGCUCAAGUGAUGUCUACAACUCCAAAAACUGCCAUGGCACAGAAGAUGCUGGCAACCAAAACAUCACCUGCAAGUCCCAAAACACUCAAAGCUCAAACUGGGCCCGUGACUAAAAUGGAGUCUGCAGCUCCCAAAGCAUCAGCAGCUCCUAAAACAUCUGCAGCUCCCAAAGCACCUGCAGCUUCUAAAGCCUCCAGAGCUCCCCAAACACCUGCAGUCCAGAAAGUGCCCACAGGUACAGGGCCGACCUUGGAUGUAGCCAGACUUUUGAGUGAAGUCCAACCUUCAUCAAAGGGUGAUGCCUCCUUACCAAAGGGCCAGGUGGAACCUGGAAGGCAGGGUGUCCAGUCCAGCAGUAAGCACCAGCUCUUGGGGGGUUGGGAGGGGGGCCCGAGGCAGUCACCUCGCCACCCACAGGUGAACAGCACAGUGACCAGCUUCCAGAGGUACCAUGAGGCCCUGAACACACCCUUUGAGCUGAACUUAUCAGGAGAACCUGGGAACCAGGAAUUGCGCAGAGUGGUCAUUGACGGCAGCAGCGUGGCCAUGGUGCAUGGCCUCCAGCAUUUCUUCUCCUGCCGAGGCAUUGCCAUGGCAGUGCAGUAUUUCUGGAACCGGGGACACCGAGAGGUCACUGUGUUUGUACCCACCUGGCAGCUGAAGAAGAACCGAAGGGUGAGAGAAAGCCACUUUCUGACGAAGCUUCACUCGCUCAAGAUGCUUUCAAUCACCCCCUCCCAGCUGGAGAACGGCAAGAAGAUCGCCACCUAUGACUAUAGGUUCAUGGUAAAGCUGGCAGAAGAGACAGAUGGCGUCAUUGUUACCAAUGAGCAGAUUCACACCCUGAUGAAUAAUUCUAAGAAACUCAUGGUCAAAGAUCGCCUGCUGCCCUUCACCUUUGCGGGGAAUCUCUUCAUGGUGCCAGAUGACCCCCUGGGCCGUGAUGGCCCCACCUUGGAUGAGUUUCUGAAGAAGCCAAACAGGUUGGACACAGACAUUGGCAACUUCUUGAAGGUGUGGAAGACCCUUCCACCCAGCUCAGCCAGCAUCUCUCAACUCAGGGAUGACACUGAUCCUAGGCCCUUGGAGGGUCCACAGAAUGUGGAAGAAGUCAGAGAGGAGAAGGAGGAGAGGCAAGAUGAGGAGUGGAGAGAGGGGCAGGGAAUGCCAGGGUGGGCUGAGGAGGAUGACCUGGACUCUUUCCUGGCCUCAGUGUUCAGAGUUGAGUGCCCCUCCCUUUCAGAGGAAAUUCUCCAAUGCCUCAGCCUCCACGACCCCCCUGAUGGAGCCCUGGACAUUGACCUCCUUCCUGGGGUGGCCUCUUCGUACCUAGGGAUCCCCUGGGAUGGGAAGGCUCCCUGCCAGCAGGUUCUUGCCCAGCUGGCCCAGCUCACCACCCCCAGCAACUUCACCGUGCUGUCUUUCUUUGUGGGGUUCAUGGACUCCCACCGGGAUGUCAUCCCUGACUACGAAGCCCUCAUGGGCCCUUUGCACAGCCUCCUCAAGCAGAAGCCAGACUGGGUGUGGGACCAGGAGCAUGAGAAGGCCUUCCUGGCCCUGAAGCGAGCCCUGGUGUCUGCCCUCUGUCUGUCAGCCCCCAAUUGCCAGCUCCCCUUCCGCCUGCAGGUGACAGUGAGCCAGGUGGCCCUGACAGCCAUCCUCUACCAGGAGCACUCAGGGAAGAAGCACCCCAUCGCCUACACCUCGAAGCCCCUACUCCCGGAUGAGGACAGUGAGGGCCCCCAGUCAGGCGGGGACAGCCCCUAUGCCGUGGCCUGGGCCCUCAAGCAUUUUUCCCACUGUAUUGGAGAUGACCCAGUGGUCCUCCACCUUGUCUACGCCUCCCGGACCACUGUGGCUCCUGAGGCACCAGAGUGCUGCCGGGUCUCCAAAGCAUGGUUGAUUCGAUGGUCCCUUUUGGUACAGGACAGAGGCAAGAGGGCCCUGGAAUUGGCCCUUCUCCAGGGCCUGCUGGGGGAAAACCGACUGUUGACACCUGUUUCCUCCAUGCCUCGUUUCUUCCAGGUUCUGCCUCCUUUUUCUGACCUGUCCACUUUUGUCUGCAUCCACAUGUCGGGCUACUGCUUUUACCGCGAGGAUGAGUGGUGUGCUGGUUUUGGCCUCUAUGUCCUGUCUCCCACCAGUCCCCCGGUCUCCCUUUCCUUUUCCUGCUCCCCUUACACCCCGACCUAUGCCCACCUGGCAGCCGUGGCCUGUGGCCUGGAGCGAUGUGGCCAGUCCCACCUCCCUGUGGUUUUCCUCACCCACUGCAACUGGAUCUUCAGCCUCCUCUGGGAGCUCCUGCCCCUCUGGAGGGCCCGGGGCUUCCUCUCCUCUGAUGGGGCUGCACUACCUCACCCAAGCCUGCUCUCCUACAUUAUAUCCCUCACCUCUGGCCUUUCAUCUCUUCCAUUCAUCUACCGAACCUCCUACCGGAGCUCUCUGUUUGCUGUGACAGUGGAUAACCUGGCCAAGCAGGGUGCCCAAGGAAGUGGGCAGUGGUGGGAUUUGCCAAAGGAUGUGCCGGUCCCUGUAGUGACUUCCCAUACCAUGGGCAAGAGGCCCAACUUGUUGGCAUUGCAGCUGAGUGACAGCACUCUGGCUGAUAUCAUUGCCAAACUUCGUGCUGGGCAGAAAUUGUCUGUCUCCUCCCCCUUCAGUUCUGCCUUUCACUCACUCAGCCUUGACAAGGAGAGUGGGCUGCUUAUGUUCAAGGGAGAUAAAAAGCCCAAGGUCUGGGUAGUCCCAAGGCAGCUCCGGAGGGAUCUGAUUUUCUCUGUGCAUGACAUCCCCAUGGGGGCCCACCAGCGGCCAGAGGAGACUUACAAAAAAUUGCAGUUGCUGGGAUGGUGGCCUGGGAUGCAGGAGCAUGUGAAAGAUUACUGCAGGAGCUGCCUGUUUUGCAUCCCCCGGAAUCUCACAGGCAGUGAGUUGAAGGUCAUCGAGUCCCCCUGGCCCCUCAGGUCGACUGCCCCUUGGUCGAACCUGCAGAUCGAGGUGGUGGGGCCGCUCACCGUAAGCGAGGAGGGCCACAGGCAUGUGCUCAUCGUGGCUGACCCCAACACCCGGUGGGUGGAGGCGUUCCCGCUGAAACCCUACACACACAUGGCGGUGGCCCAGGUGCUGCUUCAGCAUGUGUUUGCACGGUGGGGCGUUCCUGUGAGGCUGGAGGCGGCCCAGGGCCCCCAGUUUGCUCGGCAUGUCCUGGUGAGCUGUGGAUUGGCCCUGGGAGCCCAGGUGACCUCCCUGAGUAGGGACUUGCAGUUCCCCUGCCUAGUGAGCUCAGAGGCCUACUGGGAAUUCAAGAGGGCCCUAAAGGAGUUCAUCUUCCUGCAUGGCAGGAAGUGGGCAGCCUCUCUGCCCCUGUUGCACCUGGCCUUCAGAGCCUCUUCCACAGAGGCCACGCCAUUCCAGGUCCUGACGGGGGCUGAGAGGAGGCUGACCGAGCCCCUGUGGUGGGAGAUGAGCAGUGCAAACAUUGAAGGGCUCAAGAUGGAUGUUUUCCUGCUGCAGCUGAUUGGGGAGCUGCUGGAGCUCCACUGGAGGGGGGCUGAAAAAGGCACUGAGAAGGCUGACAACAGGCGCUUCAAGCAGGAGAGCCAGGAGAAGGAGUGGAACGUGGGUGACCAGGUCCUCCUGCUGUCUCUCCCCAGGAAUGGCAGCAGUGCCAAAUGGGUGGGUCCCUUCUAUAUUGGGGACCGGCUAAGCCUGUCCCUCUAUAGGGUGUGGGGCUUCCCAACCCCAGAGAAGUUGGGGUGCAUCUAUCCCAGCAGUUUGAUGAAGCCCUUUGCCAAGAGUGGCACACCCCUGUCCUUUAAGGUCUUGGAGCAAUGAGCUGGAGCACUGGGGGAGCCCCCUACCCAGGGAGUCCUGGGUUUCUGCUGCUAGGCCUCCCCCUGCCUCCUGCAGUGCUCUCAGCCAUUUGGGAGCCCUCUGUUGUGCCUUGUGUAGAGAAGUUGCUUCCUAAAGCUUUGCUGAGUUGCCUUGAGCUAGGGACCAGUGUUCCCAUGGAAACAGCCCCAGUUUGGGGUAUUUGGAGAAUUUGCCAAAGGCUGUCAAAUAUGAGCCUGUGGUGAUUUUACACUGGGGAGUAGAAAAUCUCCUUAUUAAAGUAGGCCAGGCUCAGAGUCUUUUCCCCAAGUAUCCUCUUCCCCCUUCACACUUGUGGGUGUGGUGUGCUGUCUGCAAACCACUCCCCCGGCCCGCCCCUCGUCUUAUUCCUAGCUGUCUUAACCAUGAAAUAGUGAGGCUCUGGCUCAUAAUUGGGAACUACAGUCCUCUUCCCAACAGGAACCGAGAAUGUGGCACCUCCCUUCAACCUGUGCACCUGGGGAGCCUCUGCCCUUGGAGUUGUCACUGACACAAACCCAUACGGGCAGUGGGGAGGCAGUUGGCUCUUUAGCCUGAAGGCCAGCUUUCUUAGAGCAGGCUUGGCUGCUUCUGCUGUUCUGGAAGGGCUGGCCUCAGGGGCAGUGGCUCAGGUUGGGAGGUUGGCUGGCCUCCAGUCACCCACUUGUCAGCAUGGGAAGGCAGGGUGGGAUAAGUUGGUCUACCUCAUUUGACUCCAGCUGAUGGAGACAACUCCUGACCCCUACUUUGAUGGUGUUGGCUGGGAAGGGGUUAAGGAUCUAGAUGCCAAGCAUGGCAUCUCUACCUGAAGAGCUGCUUCUACUAGAUCAAGGGGCUUCUGCCUCUGUUUUAAAGGGGAGGGCAUCAGAAAUGAGCAGUCUGGCCCACAGCCAGGUGUGGAUGUUUCUUUUCCUCCCAAUCCUGACCAACCCCGUCCCAAAGCCUACAGCCCUCCUCUUUUCACCGCCACUGUCCCCUGUAUUCUUAGACACCACGUAGUGUGUGAUUGCUUUGUCUGGAAGCCCCUCCUGUCCCCCAGUCCUCUGAAGCCCUAGCUCCCCCAGAGCUGUUCUCUGCAGAGAUCACUCUUAGUAAGUGAGCUCUUAUAGGUGUGUGUGUGCUUACACUUAGCCCUCUGCAUUGGAACUGCUGCUGAACAGCUGGUCUCCAGGUGAAGGCCAGCAGUGUCUCCCUGGCUCUGCCUCUGAGUAGUUUCAUUUCUUCAGAGGCUGAGUCAGGACAGAACUUGGCAUCAAGCCCAAUUUGCUUGUUAUACAGCAGAGGAAAGAGGCCCAAAGUGACUUACUCAUGGUCACAUAGAUAGUUGGUGGCUGAACUGGGACCAGGAUUAAAGUUCCUGACUCCUAGUUCACUGUGAGAAGGAUUGCAGCAACAGGUUCAAGCAAGAGAAUCCUUCAAAAUUCUAUACCCAUACUCUCCCCUUUAUCCAUUCUGUCAUUUUCCAACUCUUGUAGACGAACUACCUGGAUAUUACCUUUAAAUCCAUUCCAGUUGUUAAUCCUAUCCAGGAAUGAAUGAUUGGGUGACAGAGGAGAAACUGAAAAGGUUGACAGUAGGAUUUUUAGCAUAAACUCCAUUUGCUCACUCCUGCUUGCUCCUUUUCCUCUUCCUCCAAUUCCCUAGUGGUAUUUCCACCCUCACUCUCCCACCCCUGUGCUGUGUGCAUUUUCCCUGUUAACUACAACUUUGAUCUUAUACCUUUCUCUUAAGUGAAUUUCAUUUUCAUUUUGUCAAUAAAUGAAUUAAACCAGAA